UCAACCCAGUGAAGGCGAAGUAUCCGGGCGAGAUCAGCUCGCUCAAAAGCGUCUUCAGCAACUGGCAGGAAGACGAUCUGAUCGCUGUUUUCGAGGAGAAUCGCUUCAACAUUGAGCUCACCAUCUCCAAGAUCACCAGCGGCGUGGCCAUCCCCUCGGUUCUGGUUGGCACCAAGAAGAAGCCCACCCGCCCAGCCAACAAGGCCCCCUUCACCCAGCGUGACAAGGAGGCCAAGGCUGCCGCGCGCGCCGAGCGCCGCAAGAGCGACUCGGCCGCCGCGGCGUCCCCGCAGCCCCCCCGUCCGGCCAAGGCCGUCUCGCCGGAUGGCGGCUCGGCGACCGCCGACGGCACCGAUGGCCCGGCCACCGGGCCUGUCGUUGCCGCUGCCCCGGGCCCCGUGGCUGCCUCUGCCCCGGCGGCUGCCCCCGCCCUGGCUGCUGUCCCGGCCGCCGCCGCCGCCGCCCCGGCUCCCAAGGCCUCGACCCCGGUUCCCUCCUCGGGCUUCAGCUACUCGGCCAUUGCCGCCAAGGCCAAGGGCCCUGCUCCUUCCUCGGCCGGGCUUGCCGCCACGCCGGAGUCGACGGCCGAGCCGGCCGAGGCCAGUGAGGACCCCGGCCCGGCCGCCGCCAGCCCGGCAAAGCCCUCCCGCACGACCACCCGUGCGGCCAACAAGAAGCGCGCCGGCCGCAUGGACGCCGCCCCGGACGCCGCCCCGGACGCCGAGACCGCGGCCCCGACCGUUGUCCCUGCCGUGGCCGAUGCGCCCCCCAGCGCGCCGGAGGCCGUCAUCCCCGUUGCCCCGCCCACCGCCGAGGCAUCGCACGACGAGCACAUCCCGCUGCCGAUCCAGCAUAUGCCCACCGCCGGCAGCUCGGCUCGUCCGCGUCUGCUCGUCCGGCCCACGCUUGCCCCUGCUCCUGCUGUGGCUGCUGCGUCCGCGACCCCGGCCACCGCCGUGCGCCCUCUGCGCAUCGCCACCCACCCCCCUGCCUCGUUGCCUGGCAGUGGGGCCAUGCCUCGCCCUGCUCCCCGCCCCCGGCCGGCUUUGAUGUCGGACCCUGCAUCCGUCGCGGCUCCUGUCAGUGUGGAUGCCCAGCCUGCGAUGCCCCCCCCGGCCGCGGGUGCUCCCGCCCUCGGACGCAAGCCCGCUUCCGCCGCCCCCCCGACGGCAGCUCCCUCCGAGCGUGCCCCGGAAACCGCGCCGGCUGCGGUGGCCCAUGCUGCCAGCCGCAGCAGCACCAGCACCGCCACCGCCACCGCCACUGAUGGCGUGUCUUCCCCGACGAAGCACCACGGGCCUCGUGCGGCGGCGAUCACCGGCGGCAGUGCUGCCGCCAGCAACGCGGCCGUCCGCCAGCCCCGGCCUGUCGGCGCUGGUGCCGUUAGUCCUGGCGGCUCUGCCGGCACCAAUGCCGGUCCCGUUUCGCCGACCAAGCCGGCCCGUGCCAAACGCACUACCGCCGGCCAGGCUGCCGCUGACCCCGGCACCGCGUCCCCCGUCCCGGGGCCCGCCGCCACUGGCGCCACCACCCCGAGCAAGCUCCCGACCGGUGAUGCGGCCAAGUCCCCGGCUCAUGGCCCUGGGUCUCGGCGUGGUGGCAAGCCGGCCGGCGAUGCUCCGGGCUCGGGAGCCAGUGUCCCGAGCCCCGGCGCUGGGUCCUCGUCCACCAGCGCCCCGGCGCCGGGCUCCACCCCCACCAAGGGGGGCAGCGGUGGUGGCUUUCAGCGGAAUGGCAGCAAGCGUGCGGCCGGUGCCACUGCCAACGCCCAGGCGCCGUUGACUGCUGCCUCGGGUGGCUCGGCCGUCGGGGGCAUGAUGCUCCCUCCCGGGUCGGUGCUCCCCCCCCCGGCCGGCGGGUCGAUGGGCUACAUCAUGCCGAUGUACCCGGCCCCGGGCCCUGGCCACUCGGGUGCCAACUUCAGCUACUCCUACCAGCCGGUCCUGCAGUACUACAUCCCGGUGACCGCGGCCACGGCUCCUCACGCCGCCUUUUCCGGCCAGCAGCACACCGGCCCGGCGGGCGAUGCUGGCGCCUCGCCACUGGGGGCCGGGGCUUCUCCCCCUGGGGCCGGCACGUCGCCCGGAUCCGAGGCCGGGGCUCUGCUGUCUGGCCCGGAUGCCGGGGCCUACUUUGGCCAUAUGGCCGGGGUUCCUGACGGAUCUGGCCCGUCUGGCGGCAACCACAUGUUUGCGGCGGCGGCGGCGGCGGCGGCGGCUGCGGCCGCGGCCGCCACUCCCAUGCAUGGGUACAUGUUCGCCACGCCGCAGGCUGGGGCUGCGGGCCCCGCCGGCGGGGCCCCGGGCGCCGGCGCCAUGCCGAUGCGCGUUCUCCAGCCGGCCGGUGCCUACCACCCGAUGCACAUGUCCCCGGUGGUGGGGGGCCCCUCGUCCGCUGGCGGCGAUCUUGCCGGUGGUAGCGGCUCGCCCGGUGCCGGGUCCCCGCCCGGUGGUGGCAAUUCCCCGGCCCCGGCUGCUGGUUCUGUUCCGGAGGCCGCCGCCAUGCAGCCGGUCAGUGGUCUUGUCCCGGCGGCACACUUCUUCCACCAUGCCGGGCAUGCUGGCAUGGAUGCCGCCUACCUGCCGGAGUACUAUGGCGGCGGCGGCGGCGGCGGCGGCGGCGGCGGCGGUAGUGGUGGCGGUGUUGGCACUGGGGCCGCUCCCGCUGUCGGUGGUCCUUCCGGUGCUGGUGGCCACGAGUAUGGCCUCAAGCCGAGCGAUGGGAUGGAUUUCCUGGCGGCGGCCGCCGCCACCGGCGGCCCCGGCGGCAUGGUCAUGCUGCCGCACCACCACCAUCAUCCCCAUGCCGCGCACCACCCCCACCCCCAUCAUCCCCACGCGCAGUACUAUGCCGCCGCGCCGGGGGCCUCCGCCGCCGCGGAUCAUCUUCCUCAGCAGCCGCACCACAUGCACCACAUGCAUCACCAGCAGCAGCUCCCGCCGCAGAUGAUGUCCCCGUACUACAUCCCGUCGCAGGGUGCCCAAGCUGGCAACCGUCACACCGGCAAGGAGCCCGCCACCCCUUCCGACUCCUCUUUUGUUCAUUAGAGCUCGUCCUCUCCCCCUGGGUUACCCGCCCGUUCUCGACCCGGCAAGCACCGCGCUGCGCCACACUGAAAUGCCGCUCCCGGGGACUGUACCUGAUCAGAGCGCGGGCCUCUCUCCUCCCUUGUGAUCCUGUCUCCUCCUUCGAGCCCCCUUCUCCCCAUGGGGCCAUGCUGGCAGAUCGCGCUGAUUAGUGCAGUUCGAUCGGCCUCCCCUCCCCUCCCCCCUCCCUUGCCUUCAUUGCCCUCCUCAUUUCCCCCCACUGCGCACGCAUGCAGUGGUGGAGGGCCUCGCGGGAAGGUUCUUCUUCACAGUCCUCCCUUUUGCGCCCCUACUCCCGCUGGUCGUGGCCCUUUCUUGCGUCCCUGCGCCCGUCUCUGCGGGGAGGGCCACCAACUUACAAAAAAAAAAAAAAACCUUCAAAAACCGGCAUUGUCGGCCAUCUUUUCGUCGGGUGCUUCCCACACACACGCACACACACACACCUGCCUCUGCUCAGCGCGGCGGUGUAUUUGGCCCGCGAUCCUGAGGCCCCCCGCUCUGCCGAGCUCUGUCGCGCAUUGCCUACUCUUGAUCUUCCACCGUCUCUAUCAUCAUCAUCAUCAUCAUCUCCUCUCCUCCUUUCAUUCUCUCUGCCCUUGGUCAGAGGAGCGCUUGGGCGCCAUGCGCAUCGGGCCCUACCAUCAUCACUCCAUUUCCUAUCUCCGGCGCCGGCGCAGCUCCUCAUCACACUGCACGCACCUCCCCCCCCC